UGAAUUUCUUUCAUAUACAAGAAAUACAAAUAAAAAAUCACAAAAUUCCGCCGUCUAUCGCAUUUGCGUUUGCGAAACUAUUUUCUGGCGGCCUCAAGCGUAGCAGAUUUAAACCAAUGCAUUUAGGUUUGAAACAUCAUAAACCAACAAAUAAAAAGCAUCAAAAACGAUUUUCCGGCAGUAGUAAAAUAUGUCUUUAUCCCGAGGAGAAUUCCCUUUACAGGAUUCACGGGGAUCGGUGUACUGCGCGAGUGAACCGGACCCAAUUGGUCGAGUCCAGUACGAGUCGGGAAGGCUCGUUCAAUCUAAUGCCACCCUUGGCCAUCACCAUCAACGCCAGCUCGACAGCCGUUCGGCCAUCGAUGGCAAUUCCACCGAAAUUAUUGAAGUCAUCUGUGAACCGCAGUAUACGCGCGAAAGUCAACCGGGCGAAUUGCCCAUUGUCGCUUGUUCGCAACCGCCGGCACCAUCAUUACUCACCGAAUGCCAGCAAUCGAGUGGUUCACUCUUCUCCAUUGUCUCGGCACCACCGGUACCGCUUGCCGAUCUUGAAACCAAACAAAUGGAUAGCCUCGGAGUGGGUGGCCUGCAACCGGGACUCGGUCUACAAAUGGGCGGUAGUGCCCAAAACCCAUUCAUGUCAACGCAUUCGGCGGUAUCGAUUAGUGAGGUUGCCGCAUCGGCACCCGGCUCAGCGACAUCAACAAUACCCCGGCGUCCCGUCUCCCUACCGAUUGAGACACCCUAUUGCCCGGCACCGGCUAGCCGUACCCUGCACGCCAGUCUGCUGGAACAUCAGAUAUCGGAAAUCGAAGAGGACGACAAUGAAAACCUGUUAACGGUAUCCAGCAUUACGGCAAGGCCUUUAAUAGCCAAAUCCCGUGAAAUACGUUCGCAUCGGAAUGGAUGCGAUGGCACGGAUAAACGUGGUGGAAAGCGUGGCAAGUCGAAAAGUGGUGGGGGUGUCCAGAAGGCACCCAGUGGCAUUUCCAGUAUCUCGAGUGCACGAGAUCGUGCUAAUUCCGGUCACCCACCGUCAUCACGUUCCUCGGUUAGUACCGAUCCGCCGGAUGGUGGUUAUGGUUGGUUUAUUGUCUUCGGAGCUUUUUCGGUGCAGUUUUGGGUAGCUGGUCUGGUGAAAUCGUAUGGCGUUUUGUAUGUAGAGAUUAUGGAAACAUUCCCCAGUUCAACAGCUACGGUGGCCUCAUGGAUUCCGGCCAUCUUGUCAGCGUUGUGUUUGGCAUUGGCUCCGGUUUCAAGUGCCCUCUGCCAGAGAUUUUCUUGCCGCACUGUGGUAUUUGUUGGCGGUCUCUUCUGUGCCCUGGGCAUGACUUUGAGUUAUUUUGCCACCAGUCUGGUCCACUUACUCUUCACGUUUGGCAUAUUGACUGGCAUUGGUGGUGGUUUGUCUACAACACCUGGAAUUGUCAUCGUAUCGCAAUAUUUUGAUAAACAUCGCGCUUUGGCAAAUGGUAUUUGCGUGUCGGGAACCGCAACUGGCAGCUUUAUAUUACCGGUUCUAAUUAAACAUCUGGCGGAGAAUUUUGGUUUCCAUGGUACAAUUUUAAUAUUGGGUUUCUGCAUGUUCGAUGUUUGUUUAUCGGCGUUGCUAUAUCGCCCACUGGAAUCGAUGCAAAACGAUGAUGAGAAGGUAAGGGGCGAGGAAGAAGAUGCCACCAAACCGUUGAAUGAUAUAAAUCCUAGCAACAUUGAUAUGUUGACAAAUUCUACGUAUUUGGAUACCUGCGAUGACGGGCUGAAUACGAAAUUUAUUGAACAUCUUUUUAUGGAGGAGUCUAAAAAUCGUCUGAAUGAUUAUUAUAAUAAUCGUUAUAAUGCUUCUGAAAAAUCUGUUCCUAAUUGUGGUGCUCAGGAGAGCGAUGAUGAAGUUAAAGAUAUUAUCGGUGAAACUACAUUCAUUAAGCCGAUGAAAAAGGUACGCAGUUCCGGUAUAAUGCAUUCCGUUGAAGAUCUAAGUACCACCUCAACCUGGGUGUAUCGCAAAAACUCAGGUACCGAAUCAAAUCGAGCUUCACGACGUCGUCGCAAUGUCUUUGCCAAUGAUGAGAUAAUAUCGAAAAUUCAGGCACAUUUAGAAAAGCCGCUAUCGCCGCCAACAGUUGUCACCCGCGGCCUGAGUAAGAGCAUGGAAAUACCCACUCCGAUUAGUAGUAUGAGUGAACAAAAAUCAUCGGAAAAUCCACAAAAUGGUAGUAUUAUUGGUAUAAAUUCAUUGGAAGAGGAGGAGGUGGACGAUGAUGCUCCUUUAACGUGUUAUGAACGUAUUGAAAUCUAUUUGGAUAUAAGCUUAUUGAAAGAUCCGACAUUUAUAUUGAUGUGUUUAUCGGUGACCUUGAUGUCGGUGGGAUGUCCUUAUAUGCUGUACUAUUUACCCGCUCAUGUUAUAUCGAUUGGUUAUAAUAAAAGUGAAGCUGGUUAUUUGGUCACAGUCAGUGCCGUUUUGGAUUUGUUUGGCCGGUUGGGUCUGGGCUGGCUUUCAGAUUUGCAGUUAUUUGAUCGCAGGAAGAUCUAUAUUGUGUGCAUCUUUGGCGCCGGUUUAUCUGUCCUCACCAUACCCUCGGAAUACACCAUCUAUUUGGUGGGUUUGUCGGCGGCAAUUUAUGGUUUUUGUUUGGGCAGUUGGUAUGUCCUGAUGCCUGUCUUAUUAGCCGAUAUCUUUGGUACCGAUCGCAUCAGCUCCAGUUAUGGCCUCGUUCGUAUGUUUCAAUCGAUCGGUGCCAUAUCGGUUCCACCGUUGGCUGGAUUUUUACGUGAUUUAUCGGGUAGUUAUGUUAUUGUAUUUUAUUGUAUGGGUUCCUGUAUGGUAUUGGGUUGUCUCCCACUGGCUGUGUGGGCCAUUUUGGAAUGUCGUGAACGUAAACUGUAUCAGGGUAAUGAUAAUGAGGAUAACUCAUCUGUAUCGUAA